AUGGCAGAUGGGAAAGAGAAGUUAGAUUUGUUACAAGCAAAAAGGUCUGGCAGACUAUAUCGCACAGACGGUGGAUUGCAAAGGAGGGCUUCGACAUCUGGCCCCCCAGGAGUUCCAACAGCAAGCUCAUCGGCACAACCUAAAACUAAAGGUAUGGCAAGUGACGAUGCCCUUGCUCAGGCACUGGCUAAAAUUAAUGAAUCUUUGGAUAGAAUAAGUAAACAAGUAGCAGAGGCAUCGGAUAAGAUUGAUCAAAAUACGACAAGUAUUAACCAAAAUACAGCAAGUAUCAAUAAUUUGGGACAGAAAGUAAAUACUAAUACAGAAACUAUUCAGAAAUUAUUACAGGAAUCUGCUUCGACACGUGAGAUUGCCGAAGAGGCUAAAGAAAUUGCUACAGCUACUGUUGCAGAGGUUCAAGAGAAGAUACCACCGCUACAUAAACAACUUGAAGACCAUAAGUCAAUCCUGUCUAUGAUCGAGUUGAAGGAGAAACAAGUGAACUUAAGGGUCAGAGCUGUACCUGAAGUGGAGAAAGACAAUUUAGUUGAAUUUCUUACGCAGGAAUUCCUAGAUUUUUGGAAUCCAGAUUUGGGGAAAGACAGUUUUAAAAUAGUGAAUGCUUUUAGACUUGGAAAAGGAGGGGGAAAGAAGGUGAGAGAUUGUUUGAUCACUCUCCGAACAAAAGAAGAGAGAGACAAGAUUUUGAGUUUGCAUUUCCAGAAGACACUGGAAAUACAACAGUCAAAAGUGGAGAUAUUCAAGGAUAUUCGAAACACCUUCUGGAUCUCAGGUCUAACUACAAAGACCUGGUUACUCUGUUGA